GGGCCAUAAGGCAGCACACCGUUAAAUUCUCGUGGGAUUCAUCCAAAUGUCUAACCCUGACGCGCCGCCGCUCUGUUUACCAACCACCGCCACCGCCACCACAACAAACCUUCCAGAAAGUCAACACCAAGAGCAGACCUACCGCCUCGAUUCGAUCGAUUCAACCAUAACCAUCCGGCAAUUCCCCUCACAAGGCAUCUCCUUCCAGCUCUGGCCCGCCGCCGCCACCCUCGUAACCCUCCUCGACCGCCACAAACUCCGCCACCACCCUAGCAACACCGCCUCCCCACUCUCCUCCACGCUCAUCACCCCGCACCGCCGCCUCCGCAUUCUCGAGCUCGGAUCCGGCACCGGCAUCGUCGGGAUCGCCGCCGCCGCCUUACUGGGGGCUAAAGUCACAGCCACAGAUCUCCCCCACGCGCUUCCCAACCUGCAGUUCAACGUCGCCGCCAACGCCGGAAUCUUCGAACCCCACGGCGGCGCAGUCGAAGUGGCGGCCCUCCAAUGGGGGGAGAAAAAGGACAUGGAAGCCAUCGGCGGCAGAGAUGAGUACGAUCUGAUCCUAGGCUCCGACGUAGUGUACCACGACCACCUCUACGAACCACUGCUCGAAACCCUAAAAUUCUUCCUGCUGGGAACUGAUCGGAAAAUGGUGUUCGUGAUGGGCCAUCUGAAGAGAUGGAAAAAGGAAUCGGCAUUCUUCAAAAAAGCUAACAAGUAUUUUGACGUUGACGUUUUACACACAGAUACACCCUCCAACGGGUCCAGGGUUGGUGUUAUUGUUUACCAAUUUUUAAGAAAGAAGAAGAACUGACAUUAUCGAAUUAUCAAAUUAGUCCUUCAUAUUAUUAUUUAAUUCCGCUUUACUUC